GGCUUGUAAGAGUUUCAAAGUCCCAGUUCCAUUUGAUGAGAGGUUAAAUGAAGCAUUACAAUGUGCGAGCCUAAGGAAAGAAGAUAAAGAAAGUUUUUCUCCUGCUGUAACAUUUGACUGCAUAGCCGCGGCAAAAGCUACUGCUAAUUUCGAAAAAUGCAAACGUGAUGAAAAUUUCGAUAAAUGCCUUGUUGAUGCUGUGAACGGUGCAAUUCUGCUGCUCAAGGAUGGCAACAAAGAGUUCGGUAUACCACAGCUCGAGCCACUCACUGUGAAGUCGUUAAUAAUCGAUUCUGGUAAUGCGCCUAUUACGCUGAAGCAGACCUUGAAAAACUUACUCGUACACGACAUGAUCUCCACCAGCAAAGUGCAGCGCUACCGCACCGAUCUGAACAAUCACCUAAUUGUUUGUGACAGUAAAACCGAUCGCAUUGAAAUGGUUGGCGAUUAUGAGAUGUCCGGCCGCAUAUUGCUGCUACCCAUAACUGGUAAUGGCAAAGCCAAUAUGACGCUGAUUAACACCCGCAUCGAACAUCGGCUCAUCGGUGAACCUUUCAUGCGCGAUGGCGUCAAAUAUAUGCGUCUCAAGGAGUACCGCGUCGAUCUGAAUCCCAAGCGUGUCUAUAUGCAAUUCGAUAAUCUCUUCAACGAUCGUUUGUUAUCGCAGACAAUGAAUCGAUUCUUGAACGACAACUGGGAGACGGUUUUCAAUGAGCUGAAGAUUGGCUAUGCGCGUAGCUUUGGUCAAAUUUUCCGUGAUAUUUCGAAUAAGCUGUUUGAGGAGAUACCAUUCGAUUCGAUAUUUCUGAGUUCUUGAAUGCGCGGUGCGUAAAAGAGGGAACUACAUGAGAAGUGGGCAUAGCCUGAGUAUUUUCUUUUAGUAUUUAAUAAAAAUUGUUAAGGCUUAUUAUUUA